CUUAUGAUAUACAAGUUCGAUCUAAACAAACGUGGAGGGCAAUAACGUCUAAACACGAUGCCAUGAGUUUUGCGGUAUACCAACUCUUUCAGACCUGAAUGAAAUGUUAAAUUAUUAUGUGCAAUGCUGGUAAAAUAUACAAAGUAAGUUAUAGGCUAUUAGAAAAACUGAGCUCAAGUAUAAUGGCAGUGCGAGGUCGACGCCGCCAACAGUUCUUGAGAUUAAAUGGAGACUGGGAGGUUUUCUGCUGGUCAGUGGCUGGACUGGAGACCUCGGUUGUGGUCAGGAAAGAUGACUUGAAGCUGGCAUUUGACAUGGGAUACGCCUCAAGACCUGCUGUUAGUUGUCAGCAUGUCUUCAUAUCGCAUGGACACAUUGAUCAUAUAGGAGGUGUCCCCUCACAUGUACGUAAAAGACUAAUGAGUCAUGCUAAGCCAUCUACAUACUAUAUGCCAGAGCACCUUGUGCAAACUACCAAACAAUCUUUAGAGAUAGCUGCAGUACAGAGUGAAACUGCAGAACUAGCCACUCAUGCUUACCUGAAGCCUGUUGGCCCAGGAGAAUCCAUACAGCUUCCUGCUGCUUAUGUAGCAGUCCCGUUCCCUACAGUCCAUGCAGUAACAAGCCAGGGGUACAUCAUUUAUAAGCAGCACAAGAAGUUAAAAGAAGAGUUCCAAGGUAUGGAAUCUCAAGAAAUAGCCUCAUUGAAAAAACAAGGAGUGGAAGUAGUGGAUGAAGAACUGGUUCCAGAGAUUGCUUUCACAGGAGAUACAACCUUUGAGAUAUUUGAGAAACUAGCUCAUCCAGACUUACUGAAAGUUAAAGUGCUCAUCCUGGAAGCUACAUACAUUGACAAGGAUAUUGAUAAGCAAGGGAAGACCAGCCGAACUAAGGCCAGGGAGAGAGGGCAUGUACAUUUACAGGAGCUGAUUGACAAUGCAGAUUUGUUUAAAGAUGUAGGGUCUAUAUACCUAAUGCACUUUUCAGACAAAUAUUCCUCUGGAUAUAUUUGGAGAACUGUGAAAAAGGUUUCUUUACCAGCCCCUCUCAAGGGAAAACUUUAUGUUGGAAAUAUGGUUCAUGAUCUAGGUUUUUGAUAACCAUAAAGUAACAAUUUGCACA